UUGACGGCUCCGGGAAGGAAAAGGCGCAGCUAGUAAACAGAAACCUUCCUCAUCGCGGCCUCUAAGCACCGACCUACCGAAUCCCGUCCGCCCGGUCCCGGUUCCUUGUAACCGCUGAGCCGUGUAACCGUUACGUGUGUACCAUCGCGUGACCCCCCGGGCCCCCCCCCAUCCCUACACACACAUAAAGAACCCAGAAGGCCUCUCGGAACCGGAAGAUGAUCGCGCUCAUCAACAAGCUGCUGGACUGGUUCAAGGCGCUGUUCUGGAAGGAGGAGAUGGAGCUGACCCUGGUGGGGCUGCAGUACUCCGGCAAGACCACCUUCGUGAACGUCAUCGCGUCCGGUCAGUUCAGCGAAGACAUGAUUCCCACCGUUGGAUUCAACAUGAGGAAAAUCACCAAGGGCAACGUCACCAUCAAGCUGUGGGACAUCGGCGGUCAGCCUCGGUUCCGGAGCAUGUGGGAACGCUACUGCAGAGGAGUCAGCGCCAUCGUCUACAUGGUGGACGCAGCCGACCCAGAGAAGAUCGAAGCCUCCAAGAACGAGCUCCACAACCUGCUGGACAAACCGCAGCUGCAGGGAAUUCCUGUCCUGGUCCUGGGCAACAAGAGGGACCUCCCAGGGGCCCUGGACGAGAAGGAGCUCAUAGAGAGGAUGAACCUGUCGGCCAUCCAGGACCGAGAGAUCUGCUGCUACUCCAUCUCCUGUAAGGAGAAGGACAACAUCGACAUCACUCUUCAGUGGUUGAUCCAACACUCCCGGACUAAAAGGAGUUCCUGAGAACAGGCCACGCCCCUCCCCCAACAGAACAGGCCACGCCCACCUGUCCAACACACACUCUCUUGAUCAAACCCCUCCCCCGCUCUUCCCAAAACGUUUCCCUGUCUCCUCCUUCCUGCUUCCUCCCCUUGAGAUGCACUGAUGCCCCGUUUCUCAUGAAAUAUAAAUAAUCGAAGCAGGUCCAAUGAGUCACAAAAGGAUCCACUUCCUGUUUCCUCGCUUUUUAUGGGAUCAGCUGCCGAUAGUCAGGAACGUCCUGUUGACGAUAAUCGUCAUGAACGAGUGAUUAACAGCUGAUUAGAAGUAUUAAUGAAAUGGAGGUAACUGGACUUCAUCUCCUGACUCGAUGAUGUCACCAAAAGCUGACGUGUUUCACACGACAGAAGUCUUCAUUUCUACAAUAAAAACAUUAUUUAUAUAUAUAUAUAUUUCUCCCCAUGAGAAUAAAAAAACACCAGUUGACACUAAACGUCUCUUUUUAUUUAGUAAUUUAACAGAAAGGCGUCAUCAGAGCUUCACACCCUCAACCGUCUGUUUGCUAAACUUUUACUCACUGAAGGAGCUUCGAGCCCGUUUUGUGGAUUUCCCAUGAUCCUCUCCUCCUGAUCCCCACCUUCAUCACCUCGCAGGUCUGCCUUCAUCGUUCCCUCUCCUUAGAUUGCUUUCCCUUUCUACCUCCAUAUGCUUCAUCCAUCCGCCUUUAUAUAAUCCUGAGAAGCUCCGCCUCCUCCUCUUCCUCCCUCGUCCUCCUCUGUGUUCCCUCUGUCCUUCCUCUUUUAUUUUUGGACGUUACCUUCUUUCACUUUCCCUCGUUGGCAAGCCCCGCCGCCAAGCCUCGCCCCUCGCCCUGGAAAGCGAGGGAUUUAAAAUUUAAAAAAAUGUUAUUGCACUGUUUUGAUUUUAGUUUUUGUAAGAUAUUAAUAAUGAGAAUACUGUUAAUAAUCUUGUUAUUGUGACAUAACCUGGUCUGUCCAGAUGGAAUGAAGUUGGUACUCUGAACUGGGGAAAUGUUGUUUCUGUUCAUAUCUCUGUAAUAAGCUUUUUAUUCUUAUUUGUUUUAUAUUGUUUUUUAUUAUUAUUAUUAUUGUCAUGUCUCUGGAUGUAAGCAGCUGAUUGGACGUCGGGGCGUCACGUGAUCACGCGCCACGUCCGGUAGAAAACGCAGCCAUGUGAUUAAUUAUGCGUUGAAACUCCCGCAUAUUCAAUGUUUAUUUUAAAGUCCAUCGAUUUUAUCUAUUUAGUUUUUCUCUGGACGGAUGUUCACGAUUUGUGACGGCGCGAAUAUUAAUCGUGUUUAUGAACUAAUUUAAUAAUGUUUCGGUCUCAACAAAAGAUAUUCGUCUGCAGAAAAAUAUUGAAAAUAAAUUAAAAAUGAAAAACGCA